UACCCAGUUUUGCAGCAUCUCAGAUGGCAGAAGUAAUGCUUUCAUGACGUCACGGCGGCCAUGUUGCCAAGGACCAUUAUUCAGUUCGCGUGAGUUCUUGAUCGUUCUUGACCCUCUGGACCCGGUAGGCAUGGGAAAUGUUGAGAAGUGUGUUUGUGUGGUUGAACCUGUGGGACCUGGAGAGCCGUGUUGUAUUGAGUACGAUAUCUGAAGUGGUCCUUGAAUAGUAAUGAGCGGCAAUGAGUAUGUAACUAGCGAAUUGUGUACCCCAUUUCACGCAGAUAUACAUAAACUGUUAAUAGUGUGAACAGCAAGCAAGAUGUCCCAGCUUUCCCUGCUGGAAACAUGUGUGGCUCCCUCCCCAAGAAAAACCCUGGCAGUGUGUAUGCCUACAGCACGGUUGAUGAGUCCAUAGGCCAACAAAGCACCCUACUGAUAUCACAGCAGAUGGUGGAAAUACAAGUAGUCUCAGUUGUGCGGCAUACAUUUCUCAAUAAAAUGUUCAGGAUACAUUGAGAUUCUAUUCUGGGAAGCGUUAAAUAAGCUCAAGAAGAUGGCAUCUGGGAAACAAUUUGAUGAUUUACCAAAUGAGGUACUUCUGAAGAUAUUCACAUACUUGAACAUUGAAGAGUUGGUAGUGUCAACACAGAAUGUGUGCAUGCGUUGGAGGGAAGUGUCUCGAGACAACAAGUUAUGGAGAAAUGCUGUCUUCAAUCCUCGAAAAGAAAUAACUGAUAAAGAAAUAGCUAAGUAUCUGGAAAACAUGCCAGCACUGAGAUCAUAUUCUGCUACACGAAGAUCAGAAAAUAUAGUAAUUGAUGCUUUGUGUAAGUUUUGUAGAAACAUACGAAGUAUUGAUCUUCAUAACUCGCAUAACAUGAAUAUUCCACUCAUACAGAAAAUAAUACAACACUUCCCACACAUUGAGUCUCUGAAAGUUCCACUUCCAUAUCCUAUGUUUCCAGAAGAGUUAAUAAAAUUUUCAGAACUUAUUGGCCAGUGUCAGUCACUAAGAAGUUUGUGUUUAGAUGGAAACUCUGUGUGCAGUGUGGUAAUGUGGGAAGGAGUUCUGAUACCAAUAGCUGAUGGAUGUCCAUCACUGCAACACAUACAUAUAGGAUAUCAUGGCCAGUUAGAUGAAGAUAUACAUAAUUUACUGCGGAAAAAGAGACAUCAACUUCUAUCUUUUUCUUGUAAAAUCUCUGUGACAAAAAGUAUGGCAGAACAUUUAAGUGAAUGCACCACACUUCAACACCUUGACAUUGAGAACUGUAAUGAUCAUUUGCUGUAUGAUGAUAUUCAGUCGCUUAUAAAACUUACAAAUUUAAAAUAUUUUGCAUUCCGUUAUUGUACAGAAGAUAUUGUGAAUAAUUUCCCCAUGUUUUUUCUGAGUGGCUCACUUUCACAGGUGGUGCAUCUUGACCUAAGCGAAUCUUAUUACAUCAGUGAUAUAGCUGUGACUGCAAUCUUUGAGAAUUGUCCACAGUUACAACAUCUAAACAUUUCUGGUAGUCAGAGCCUACAGAAUGAGGGACUCCGAUAUAUUGGAAAAUGCAUCCAUAUACACCAUCUGGAUUUAUCUAUGUGCAUGGAUCUCACAGACAGAAGCAUGGAAUAUGUUGGUGCAGGCUGCUGCAGUCUAAAGAAACUUGAUAUAUCAGGAUGUUAUAAGAUGACAGAUAAGGCAAUUGAGCAUAUUGUGAAAUGCAGAGAAUUGCAAGUUCUCAAAUUCAAUUAUAAUGACUUAACAGGAUCCAACUUCCACCUAAUCUCAACUCACCUCCCACACUUGGCUGAACUACACCUUGAGAACUGCAAAUAUUUGAAUGAAGUAUAUGUAGAUGAACUCCACAAAGAAAUGAUGCAUUUGAAAAUAAUAGUAGCACGGCGAUGUAAGGAAACAUAUCUUGAUCCAGAGGAAGCUGUCCUACUUCUUGAUUAACAGCACACAUUAGAGGAAUCUAUGCCAACUCAGGGUUAAUCAUGAUUGAGAAGCAGCAGUUCCAGGAGUGCCCACAUGCAUAUACAUUUGAGAGCAGAUGUUGAAUGUGUAUUUAUUGUCUAAUAAAAAUAAACUUUUGUACUGUGUAA